AUGUGUCAAGCAGCUUUCAAUGAGGGUGAUUGUGAUGAGGAGUCAUAUGAGUUUAACAAGUUUGUUGAAGAUGCCGAGAUGCCUUUAUUUCAAAACAGUGAACGCACUAAGCUAGAUUCAUUGGUGCAACUUCAUAACUUGAAAGCUAGGUUUGGUAUGAGUGAUACUUGCUUUUCUGAGUUACUUUCCACUGUUGGGUCUUUGCUUCCUAAAGAUAAUGUACUCCCUCAAAGUCUUUAUGAGGCAAAGAAGACUCUCAACAAUUUAGGGCUGCAAUAUGAGAAAAUUCAUGCAUGUCCUAAUGACUGCAUAUUGUAUAGGAAAGAUUUUUCUGAUGAAGAAAAUUGUCCUAAGUGUGGUUUGUCUCGUUGGAAGCUAAAGAGGGAUAAAACAGUUAAAGUGGGUCAACCUGCCAAGGUGUUGUGGUAUUUUCCUAUAAUUCCUAGAUUUAAGCGUUUGUUCAAAUCUGCCGAAACUGCCGAAAUGCUUACUUGGCAUGAGGACAAGCGAACUAAGGAUGGACACAUGCGCCAUCCAGCCGAUUCUCCUGCAUGGAAGUUGCCGGGAAAUGACAUUGAUAUCUACUUAGAGCCAUUGAUUGAUGAUUUGCAAAGGUUAUGGGAUGGAGUUAGUGAUGUCUAUGAUGCACAUAGGAAGGAAUAUUUUACACUAAAAGCUGUUUUGUUGUGGACAAUCAAUGACUUCCCCGCAUAUGGAAACUUAUCGGGGUGCACCACUAAAGGUUACAAAGCAUGUCCAAUUUGUGGUGAUAAAACUUCAGCCACACAUUUGCCCCAUAGUAGGAAAAUGUCUUAUACCUGUCACCGUAAGUACUUGCCACGUCAUCAUCCUUAUCGGAGGCAGAAAAAAGCAUUUAAUAAUGAGCAAGAAUUUGAAGUUGCUCCUCCACCGCUAUCCGGAGAGGAAGUGUUGAACAUGGUAGAAGAUAUUAACUGUGAGUAUGGCAAGGGAAAGAAGAAGAAGACCUCAGAUUCUACCGGUACUUGUUGGAAGAAAAAAUCCAUUUUUUUUAACUUGGAGUAUUGGAAAUCUCUUCAUGUUCGCCAUGCUCUCGAUGUAAUGCAUAUUGAGAAAAAUGUUUGUGAGAGUCUGAUUGGUACACUACUGAACAUGCCUUCUAAAACAAAAGAUAAUGUGGCUGCCCGCUUAGAUAUGAUUGACAUGGGUGUUAGACUUGAUUUGGGUCCGAAUAUUGGGGAGAAAAGAACAUAUCUACCUGCUGCCCCAUACACUUUGUCGAGAGCAGAAAAGAUAUGCAUGUGUACUUCUUUCUUGGGAAUGAAAGUUCCUUAUGGUCAUUCAUCAAACAUAAAAAAUUUAGUGUCCAUGGAUGAUUUGAAGUUGUAUGGAUUGAAAUCCCAUGAUUGUCAUACAUUAAUGCAACAAUUGCUUCCCGUGGCUAUUCGUGCGGUGCUUCCUAAACAUGUUCGAAUAUCUAUAAUGAGGCUGUGCUUCUUCUUUAAUGCAUUGUGUACCAAAGUGGUUGAUGUGUCGAAGUUGGAUAAACUACAAUCUGAUUUGGUUUUGACCUUGUGUAUGCUAGAGAAGAUAUUCCCUCCCUCCUUUUUCGACAUAAUGGUUCAUCUCACUGUGCAUCUAGUUAGAGAAGUGCGAUUAUGUGGGCCUGUUUUUUAUAGAUGGAUGUACCCUUUUGAACGGUUCAUGAAAGUUUUAAAAGGGUAUGUUCGCAACCGUUUUCAUCCUGAAGGUUGUAUAGCCGAGAGUUAUAUUGGAGAAGAAUCUGUGGAGUUUUGCUCGGAGUUUGUUCACCAUUGUAAUCCAAUUGGAGUUCCUAAGGAUUCAAGUAAGCUGUCUGGCCCACUUUCUAGUGCGAAACUGAAGUCAAUAGAUGAGAAAGAGAGAGACCAGGCACAUCUUCAUGUGCUGUCCAAUAAUGCUGAGGUGGAUCCAUAUAAGAACGCCCAUAAAAAGAUUGUCGAGGAGCUGUACGCUGGGAAAAAGAAGAGUAAAAAAUGGCUAAGAAGUGAGCACAAUCGUACGUUUGCCGAUUGGUUUCAAUCCAAGGAAAAUCCUACUGAGGUUUCAGAAACAAUUAGAUGGCUGGCUAGAAAACCGAGUUUCACGGUGUUUACUUAUGAAGGCUAUCUUUAUAAUGGAGUUAAGCACUUCACAAAGCAGCGAGAUGAUGCAAGAGUGGUCCAAAAUAGUGGGGUUUCCUUAUUGGCUAAGACGAUGCAAUUGUCUAGCGCUAAGGAUAAAAAUCCGGUGGAGAGUGAGAUGACUUUUUAUGGGGUUAUCGAAGAGAUAUGGGAGCUUGACUAUCAAGCUUUCAAAGCCCCAUUGUUUCUGUGUCAAUGGGCAGCAAAUGAAAAAGGAAUCAGGCAAGAUGAGUUCGGUUUUACACUUGUAAAUCUCAAUCGGAUUGGCCACCAAAAGGAUAAAUUUGCUUCUGCUAGUCAAGUGAAGCAAGUAUUCUUUGUUGAAGAUCCUAUUGAUUCCUACUGGUCGGUUGUACUAACGACCCCAAAUAGAGACUAUCGUGAUUGUGUCUAUGAUGAUGAUCUAGGGGACACCACCUUGGAACAUCAACCGUUUUAUGUAGAACUACCACCUUGUGAUGAAGACGAGAAUGAGGCUGAAGCCACUUAUCUUAGAGAAAAUGUUGAGGGAUUUUGGGUCGACCAGUUCACAACUCCAAGAGAACAUUAG